AUGAAAAAUAUCAAUAAGGCAUUGAUGUACAAAUAUGAAGAUUUGCGGAAAACGCAUGAUGACGAAUAUAACAAAACCCUCUAUCGUAUAUUCAGCGAGCUCGAAAACAUAUCUGAACUAUUGGAAACAUCAGAAUUCAUAAUCUCAGAUUUUGAUAUAGAAGAAGAUGAUGCUGAAAUAGUGAAACGAUUUUCUACCGAUCAAGUGAGACGUGCCACUCAAUUUACAACGAUAAAGAAUUCAAAUGCGACCCGUUGGAACAGUUUUCUGACUAUGCUGAAUAGCUUCGACAAAAAUAUAGAUGUUAUAAACAACUGCCUGGAACGGGCGAAGAAGUACCACUUGAUUUUAUCGGACACGGAGCAUAACGUCGUAAAGGAAUUUGUUAAAAUUCUUGGUGUAUUCGAAAAAGCCACAGACGUAUUCCAAGGAUCGAAAUAUGCAACGCUCAACAUGACGUUAAUUUUUUACAUUGAGAUAAAAGAGAACUUAAAUAAACUUUCGAAAGAGAAGUCUUUAUCACCACUCGGUAGACGCGCCGUUACGAUACUUUUGGACAACUUUGAUAAACGGUUCAAAUUGGACGAUGAUAUGGUCUUGGCGGCAUUUUUAGAUCCGUCGAUGCAGCACUUAGGGCAAAUUAAAGACUAUUUUACUAAAAAUGAUAUUGACGUUGCUGAAAUUUUGCUUGAUAAGUGGCAGAAGUACGAAUUAUCGCUAAGCGAAGGUAAAUCACAGUCUUCACAGUCGGAUGAGAAACAAGGACGCAAAAGAGAAUCAACACAGCAAAUGGGAAAUGAUGUCAAACGAAUUCGAUUAGAAUUAAUCGAAAAGCAUUGUGCAGCUAGUGCAGCAGUUUCAGAUUCUCCUAUCAAUUGUAUUAGGAGGGAAUUGAGCAAAUACACCUCGGUGAUAGGUGUUUUGGAGGACCCAUUAAUAUGGUGGGCGACAAAUCAAAAACAGUAUCCGUACAUGAGUACAAUCUCAAAAGUAAUUUUAUCUUUUAUGGCAACCUCUGCUAUCGUUGAGAGAUUCUUUUCGGUAGCAGGAAUUCUGAUGACAAAACACAAAUCUAACUUAAAUCCAAUUACGAUGCAAAAAAUUUUAUUCAUUCAUGAAAACUUUGAUCUCGUCAAGGAGCACUUCGAGUUUUAGUUCUCUAUUUUUAGUAUUUUUAGUAUUAACUUUAACUUUAUAAUCGAACCUAUGAAUGUGUUCAAUCGUUC